CAAAAAUAUUUAUUAUAUUAUUCCAUUCUUCCUUAUCUCACUUAUUAACCUCUCUAAUUGUUGUCCUGAUCAAGUUCAACAAUUCUGUUCUUGUGUGGAUCAAUUUGAUGGUGUUUUGCUUAAUUGUACAGCUCCGUCUUCUUCAAAUCAGACUACUUCAGGAGAAACUUGGGCAAAAAAUUUAAUGCAGGCGUUGUUUUACUUAAACUUUGGAACUCUAAGAUAACUAAAUUACCUUUUUAAAGACCCUCAAAAGCAACCAAGCUCAUCUUGGAUUAUUAAAAUUAUUAGUUAUUCAUGGAAGCAACGAAGCAACUAGAGAAUCAUCAUUAAUCCCCAUACUCUCCGACAAUUUAUUUCAAGGACUUUAUAUUAAAAGGCUUGAACUUGUUGGUUGCGGGAUUAGUGUUAUACAGAAGGGGGCAUUUAGAGGGCUUGAAUCUGUUCUACAAGAAAUUUUAAUUACCGGAAAUAGAGUAAAUUAAUUUAUUUUUAUUUAUCAAAAAUACUUGACAGAUUCAAGAAAUAUCAUUUAAUGCUUUUCAUCAAAUGAAUGCCUUAAUAAAACUUGAUCUCUCUGAUAAUUACAUUGAAGAAUUAAAAACAGAAUUGCCAAGAAUUUCAAAACUUAACGACAUUAAUUUAUCGCACAAUAAAAUUACUGCUAUCCACAAAAGUUUCUUUGAUAAUGUUAAACAUUCACUUCAAACAAUAAAUUUGGGACAUAAUCUUCUUGAAGAAGUACCUGCAAGUUCCCUUCGAGGUUUUCGAAUGUUAAUGGCUUUACAUUUACACAAUAAUAAUUUAAAAAAUUUGCCACAACUUUCUUUUAUGAAUUUACCAGUCCUUUCCCUAUUAAAUCUGGCAGCAAAUCAAAUUCGUUCAAUUCAUCGUCAGGCUUUUCUUAAUGUUCCACAACUUCGAUUUCUUUAUUUAUCGGCAAAUCAGUUAUCUGAAGUAAUCAACACAGCUAUAGAAAUUAAGAAUUUUAAACAUUUUAAGGUUCAGCCCUUUCAAUUUAGUUCCUUUGAGCGAUUAGAAAUGCUAGAUCUGAGCAAUAAUAAAAUUGAAGAUCUUCCAAAUGAUACUUUUGCUGGCCUUCCAAUACUAAAACAGCUUUAUUUGGGCGAGAACUUAAUUGAUCAUCUGCAGCCUGAGGCCUUCUCUUCAAAUUCAAGCAUUGCAGUACUGAUUUUGGAACAAAAUAGAAUAUCAGAACUUCAAAAAGAUGUAUUUCGCAACCUUCGCCAACUUCAACAACUUUCAUUAAAAGCAAACAAAAUUAGAUCCAUUGACGCAUCUACAUUUCGAGGGAACCCUUCUCUUGCAAUGCUUGAUCUAAGUCAUAAUGAAAUCAUUGAUUUGGCUCCUGGAACAUUUUUAAAUCAGUUAAAUUUGCUCUUGGUUGAUUUGAGCAACAACAAAAUCCUUCGCACUCCUUAUGGAGCUUUUGGACGUAGAGUGGCAACUGUACUUCUUAAAGAAAAUCCUUUGGUUUGUGUCGAAAAGAUUCAUAUGCUUCAACAAGGCAAUGGUCUUUUUAUUCCAAAUAGUAAUGAUGCUAUUUGUGGGGAACAUAAAGACCAUGAUGUUUCUAACACUACUACGAUACCAAGUAGAGAGAUUGAAGCCAAAAAUAGUGGUUUAAUCGCUGAUCAAGAAUCUUCAAUUACACCUAACUUAAGUGAGGAGACUGAGGGGGAAGAUGAAGAUGAUAAUGAACCUUUAACCUCUCCCUCCCCCUUUGUCCAACAAUUGGAAGAAAAUCAACAAAUUUCUAAAAACAAACAACAGAAUGUAAGUAUAAUUACUCCAGGACGAAUCAAACCAAUUCGGAUCAUUCCAAAUGCUCAACAUGUAACAGCUAUUCAAUCUAAUAAAGCAUUAACGUCCCCUAACAAUGAAAACAAGCCAAUCGCUCUAACUGAAAGUAUUCUUGAAGAUACUGAAUAUACUACAAGCAUUGAAUCAUCGUCAAGUUCAAGCAGUUCUUCUAGACAGGGUGAUAAUAAAAUUACUACUACAUCUUACGCCGAUCAUUCAACCCAAAAUUAUUCAACAGUAGAAAAUAACGAAAAAAUUGAAGAAUUUCCAUUGCUUUUAUCAAAAACCCCAGUAAUAUCAGAAGAAAAUUCGUUACAACGCAUUGAAGCUGAACUUUCAGAAAAACGGAGCAACAAUAGAAGAAUGUUUCCAACAAUAAUUAUUGUUAUUUGUAUUGGUGCUGUUGCUGUUGUAAUGUGUUCUGUUUUUGUUGGAUUAUGUGUUGCUAGAAGGCGUAAACUUCGCCAACUUCAUUCCGAUACAGGCAUAAGUUUGGGUACAGCUGGCCUUGUUGGAAUGCAAUCGUCAUCUUUAUCAUCUCAUUCGCCCAUUUCAAAUUCAUUCAUGAAUACUGCUAGCACUACUAGGGCGGCACAAAUGGGAGGGUUUUGCUAUAUUUCUGGUCCGAAUCAGCAAAGGCAGUAUGAAACUUUAAAAAGAGAAGGAAUACAGCAAAAUUUUGGCGGAACAUUGAAUAGAUUGUCUACUACACAAGAGGAUAUUUAUGGAUGGCUUUAUACUCCUUGUGGAUAUAAUGCUUAUCGGAAAUAA